GAUUAAAUACUGAGACUGGAAAUAAAAUCGUUGAGCAUUUUGUGCUUGUAGUGCCGUAUCCUAAACUCGUUUCCAAAACCACGAUUGAUCUGAGUGUAUUGUCUUAAUUGCACACACUUGAUUACGCACGCACACAAACACACACUUCGUUAUUUAUUGGGAUGAGGUAUUAGGUCUUUCCCAUAGGGCUCCAACAAGUAGUGAGCUCAAUACAUAAAACACGCUACUUAUGUAGGCUCGAACACAUUUCGUGACAUUUUGGAUUUACUUAACAGGACAAUAACAUACAGCACAUGAAAUGUAACACACGAAAUAUACACAUUUGUAUUGGCCUAGUUGUCAAUUUUUGAUAUCGAACUACAACGCACAAAAAAAAAGCUACGAGUGAGUGGGAACAAACCAUAUUUAAUCAUGCACAAACCCCAGAAAGUUGUUCGUGUCAUGCCACUGCAGCAUAAAUCAUACAGAGGCUUUUAUUAAUUCACAGCACCACCAGAAAGACACGACACCUGUCAAACCCCGUUCCCCAGACUGACGGCCCCGGACUGGCGGGUCGGUCGGUCGGUCGGCGCGGCGGCUUCAGUCUGCCUGCUGACAGCAGAGCGGAGCGGAGCGACAGAAAGAGAAAUGGCGCCUCGGUGCUGCACUCACUGAGGGGAGGCAGUGCUUUGGAGCCUACAGAAAGACUGAAUAAGGGACACAAACAAACACACACGCGAGGGGAGCGACAUGGUGAACACACGAAAGAGAGCACGGCCUCUGCCUAGCAAUCCGUUCAUCUCGUCGAGGACUAGGUCGUCGUCCAGAAAUGAGCCAAACUCUGAGGAACAUAAGGAGCCUGUGAGUGACGUGAGUAGUCCCAGCAGCCCGAGGUUGACCCCUCCCUCCAAGCGGACGCGUCGACAAAUUCCCUCCACCCCCUGUUCCAGUGACACCUCUCCAUCUCCCCAGACCAAGGGUCAACGGGUCAACUGGGAAAUUCCCACUUAUCGCACCAGGCUGUCCUCUCGCACAAUGCAAAAUGGACACGCCCAUAUGAGCCAUCGCGACGAGCCGGGAGGCGGGGACGAUCACUCUCGCAUGAAUGGUCACGUGGGGCUGAAGCGGGUGAGCUGCCGGGUGAAGAAGAGCCAGUUUGAGCACCUCAACCAAAGCCUGCUGUUCGACCAGCUGGUCAACAGUACUGCCGAGGCUGUUCUGCAGGAGAUGGAUAACAUCAGCAGCAUCCGGCAGAACCGAGAGGUGGAGCGUCUGCGCAUGUGGACCGGAGACACUGAGGAGGAGAACAUGGACAUGUACUCACGAGUCAAGCGCCGGAAAUCCUUGCGGAGGAACACGUUCAACAUACCACCACACCACAAAGUCCUGAGCAAGAAAAAGCAGCAGGAGGAUGAUGAUGACGACGACGAAGAGGAGGAGGGCACUGAAGAGUCGCACGGCGAGGAAGGGGAAGAGGCAGAGGACGACGACGAUGAAGACGACGAAGAGGAUGAAGCGGAGGAGGCAGGGGAGGCCAACGGCCGGCCGUACAACCUUCGCCAGCGCAAGGCCAUGCAGCGGUACGAGGCUCCGCCUAUCGAGCCUGUGAACAGAAAACAAAGCAACCCGUCCCUGUUCGACACCCACAGAUCUCCAGCAAGAAGAAGCCAUAUAAGAGUGAAGAAACACGCCAUCCACAGCAGUGACACCUCCUCCUCUUCGGACGAGGAGCGCUUCGAGAGGAGGAAGAGCAAGAGCAUGACGCGGGCCAGGAACAGGUGUUUGCCGAUGAAUCUGGGCACCGAGGAGCUGUCAGGUGGGGUGUUGCGGGACCGGGUGAAAGUGGGUGCCAGCCUAGCAGAUGUGGACCCCAUGAACCUCGAUAGCUCGGUGCGGUUUGACAGUGUGGGAGGGCUCAGUAAGCAGAUCCAGGCCCUGAAGGAGAUGGUGGUGUUCCCGCUACUUUACCCAGAAGUCUUUGAGAAGUUCAAGAUUCAGCCUCCGAGAGGCUGCCUGUUCUACGGCCCGCCAGGAACGGGAAAGACCUUAGUGGCGCGGGCGCUCGCCAACGAGUGUAGCCAUGGCGACAAGAAGUUGUCGUUCUUCAUGAGGAAAGGAGCCGACUGCCUCAGCAAGUGGGUCGGCGAGUCGGAACGGCAGCUGCGCCUGCUCUUCGACCAGGCGUACCUGAUGAGGCCGUCCAUCAUCUUCUUUGAUGAGAUCGACGGCUUGGCUCCUGUCCGAUCCAGCAGGCAGGACCAGAUACACAGCUCCAUCGUGUCCACUCUGCUGGCCUUGAUGGACGGGCUGGACAGCCGCGGGGAGAUAGUGGUCAUCGGUGCUACAAACAGACUUGACUCUAUCGACCCCGCUCUCCGAAGGCCGGGCCGCUUUGACAGGGAGUUCCUCUUCAGCCUGCCCGACAAGAAGGCCCGAAAGCACAUCCUUGAGAUCCAAACAAGGGACUGGAACCCCUCAUUGGCCGAGCUGUUCGUGGACGAGCUGGCAGAGAAAUGUGUCGGCUACUGCGGCGCUGACCUCAAAGCACUUUGCACGGAGGCGGCGCUGAUGGCGCUGCGACGCCGCUACCCGCAGAUCUACAGCAGCAGCGUCAAGCUCCAGCUGGACGUCUCCUCCAUCACCCUGGGGGCCGCCGACUUCAGCAAGGCCCUGCAGACCAUCGUCCCGUCCUCCCACAGGGCCCUGGCUCCGUCGGGGCGCGCCCUGGACCCUGCCCUCAGGCCCCUCCUGGACCACUCCCUCUCUCUGGUGCUGAAGUCCCUGCUGCGAGUGUUCCCCCACGCCGCCGCGCAGCAGACCGACGGGGACAAUGCAAAUGGCGGUGACAAUCAACAGCUAGAAGAGGAUUUAUGCAGCGACGACGACAAUGAAUGCACCCCCUCCAUCUACGAUGUCAACCCCGCCGGGCCCACCAUGAGCCUGCUCCCCUUCCCCACGUCUCAAAGACCCUUCCUUCACCUCUCAACCUCAGUGCUCCAGCAGCCAACGGCGUAUCGGCCCCGGCUGCUCCUGGCCGGGCCCCCGGGCUCGGGCCAAAGCUCCCACUUGGCCCCUGCCCUGCUCCACCACCUGGACAAGCUUCCAGUGCACCGGCUGGACCUGCCCACCCUCUACUCAGUCAGUGUGAAGACUCCAGAGGAGUCCUGUGCUCAGGUGUUUCGGGAGGCGCGUCGGAGCGUGCCCAGCGUGGUGUUCAUGCCACACAUCUCCGAGUGGUGGGAAGCUGUGAGCGAGACUGUGAAAAGCACCUUCCUCACCCUGCUCCACGACGUCCCCUCCUUCAGCCCCAUCCUCAUCCUCGCCACCAUCGAGUCCCCCUACUCACAGCUGUCCGAGGAGGUGAAGUGUUUGUUCCAGAGGGCCUUCGGGGAAGUGGUGACGCUGUCUCCUCCUGGUGAGGAGGAACGGAAGAACUUCUUCUCUGAUCUGCUGUUGGUGCAGGCUGUCCGGCCUCCACCACGGCCCCGCGCCACAGUAGAGAGGGGUGCGGAGGUGCUGCCGGUAGCCGAGGCCCCUGGCCCCCGGGCGCUGUCGGCCGAGGAGCAGCGGCGUCUGGCGGAGCAGGAGGAGAACACGCAGCGCGAGCUCAGGCUCUUUCUCAGGGACGUGACCAAGCGCCUGGCGACGGACAAGCGCUUCAGCAUCUUCAGCAAGCCCGUCGACAUCGACGAGGUGUCGGACUACCUCGACGUGAUCCGCCAACCCAUGGACCUGUCCACCAUCAUGACCAAGAUCGACACGCACCGCUACCUGACCACCAAGGAGUUCCUCCUGGACGUGGACCUCAUCUGCAGCAACGCGCUGGAGUACAACCCGGACAAGGAUCCCGGAGACAAGGUGAUACGACACCGUGCCAGCAGCCUAAAGGACAGCGCCCAUGCCAUAUUUGCCUCUGAGCUGGACCCAGAGUUUGACCGCAUGUGCGAGGACAUCAAGGAAGCCCGCAAGAAGAGGGACUUUCAGACGCCAGCCCAGCCGACUGCAGCUCCCGGCGCCGGCGUGGCAACCAGAAAGCACAGCACCGUGGGAGAUGAGCGAGCAGGGAGCAGCACUCAGGGCGAAGCAGCCGACAAGCAGUGUGCCAGUAACCACUUGAAGCGCAAGGUGCGGCGGCGGCCAUUUUGGGGGCGCGGCAUCAUCAGGAAGAAGAAGAUUUACAAGAAAGGCAUCGAGGAGGAAGAGGAGGAGCCCGAGGGGGACACCACGGGCCCUUGUGACUCCUGUCUCACGCUGGACGAGGAAUCGUCGUGUGACACCAUGCCGCCCCAGCCCAACGGCCACCACGCACCCUCCCACGGGCCUUCCACGGAGGAAGAGAGCUCCAACGAACCUCCGGUCGCCCCGCCCACCCUUCUCCCUGCAAUCGAGCCACUGGUCGCCCUGCCCGCCCUCCUCCCAGCAGGCGAGCGACCGAUCGCCCUCCUCCCAGCGAACGACCCUCCGCCGCCCUCCCCACCCUUCUCCCUGCAAACGAGCCACCCCCCACCCAGGUCCGGGCGAAGCCGAGGAGCAGAGCGGCGGCGGGCCGGAGCCCAGGGACGCGAGGAAGGACGCGCAGGCACAGUCCGUCGGUGGCGGUCAACAUCCAACACCAGCAGCGCGGCGGGCUGAACCCAAGCCCGAGACGGACGCCGUGUCUCUGGGCGCAGACGCGAAGGACAAAGGGACAGCGGAGCCUCAGAGUUGGAGUGCGUGAACGGGGACGAGUCCAUGGACAGCCUGGACUCUUCCAGCCCCACAAAGAGCUGCGGGGAGGGGGACACGACCGCGCAGGACGCGGCUGAAGGCUCGGCAAAACCCGGGCGGGAAGAGCAAGGCGUCGCGGCGGAGGCUGGAGAAACUCAGGUUCUGCCCCCCCAGGAAGGAAGCUCGGGAGCGGAGGUAGCAGACGAAGGCCACGAUGCAGAGGACUGCGAUAAAGAAGGGAUCAGCGGGAGACGUCGUACGAGGAGCCAAUCAGAACAGAUUGUGCAAUCUGCAGAGAAAACGGAGGAGACUCCAUUCCACGCUGCACCAUCUCCUCCUCCACCGCCACCACCGCCGCCGCCGCCGCCGCCACCACCACCACCACCACCACCACCACCACCACCACUAAUCAUUGACCACCAGCGACUUUCGGCGCUGCUGGGAGCGCUGGUACGGAAGAGCGAUGGCUACAGCGUGGAUCAGCUGGAGCGCCUGUACUCCCUCCUCAGUCAGUGUAUCUACCAGCGACGCCGGGACUACGACAAGACCCGGCAACUGGAGGAUAUGGAAGAGUGCGUCCAGCAUUUCGACACAUUCCUGUGAGACCCAGAAGUCACUCUAGGGGGGUGGUGAAGCCCCCUCCCCGGGGGGCUAGGAGUAAGAGGAGUAAGAGAGUGUUGGACCACGGAGGCAAGACGAAACAAGACGCAGAACAAAACACAAGGAGAGGGAGCAGGAGAGAGAGAGAUAGACUAUGGGCAACUUUCAGAGUCCAGUCCUUUAACGUGACGGUGGAGGUGAUGUCGGUGCUGGGGAAACGUGAAAAAAAGAGCAAAUCAAGCCCCCUUCCUGUGGCCGAAGCGUGGACAUGGAGAAGGGGACAUUCUAUGGUGCUAUUGUCUCAGGAAACUGGCCCGACCCAGAUCGGUUCUGCAUAACCAAACUCCUGGAGGUGUUGUGUCAAUCGCACACGCGCACACACACUGAUAUAUACAUAGACAGAAACACUCACACACACCCAUACAUACACAAACACAAAGAAACAAGCGCAAUGAAACACACACACAUGCACACCCCCUGGCACAUUCAGACACAUACACAUCCUGGCACAUUCAGACACACACACACACACACACACACACACACACACACACACACACACACACACACACACAUCCAGACACAUCCACACACACAAACACAUCCAGUCACAUCCAGACACGCACACACAGAAACAUAGACACACACACACCCACACACACUGAUAAACUCAUGCACACGGACACAACCACAGGCCACGCUGGUGCUACUCGGGUGCUAUGCUAACGUUUAUCCAUGCUGCUCUUGGGAUUACCUUCACACUCUGGACUCCCGGACAAGCUACAAUCACACUGAUUGGGUGAUGUCAAACCUCCCCAUGUCUUUUAUAGGUGCUGGCCGUGUACACACGUUUGUGCAGACACACUAAUGCAGACUGGGAAACAAACGCAAAAGACAAGUGUGCGAGUGACGGACACGCACAAACGCACACACUGAGAAGAUCCUCACCAGCAGAAGUGUGAAUGUGAAACGAGGGCGGGCGAGGUUCUGGAUCACUGAACUAUUCUACUCUCUCGCCCUUCGGUGCAGUGUUUCUUCAUUCGGCGGUUAUCUCAUGGCCCAUUUCCAGCUUCUUUGCCGUCUCCAUUAUUACGAUUCUGUGUCCCCUCCCUCACACCCCUAACAAGGAUUUUUGAGUUCACACACUUUCAGUCGGUCCGUCGACGGAGUAAACAACAACCUACUCCUCAGCGUCUCACCGACAUGUUUCUCGAGGCUGCGUUAGUGGAAAAAAGCAAAAAAAACAAUGACGACAAAAAAAAAUAAAAGGAGCAGCUAGCCAAAAAAAAGUUUGACUUUACCGCGUUGCGGUGCACGCAAAACCUCUCCCUCCGAACUGCGAAACUCUCGGACCUCCCUUCGACUUGUUAUUUGAAGUAUUCCCCUUGAUCGCCGCGUGGCGACGGCGGUGGUGCUCAUACAGGCCCCUCCCACACACACACAGCCCGUUCACAGUGUACAUGUUUCCCUUCCCAAUCAAGCUGUGCCCCCCGCGUGCCGCCUCGGCUUCCUUUCCUGACACCCAGGCGGGGGGAACUGGAAGCGGUUCAGACUGGAACCUCGUCUGUAGUUUUCUGCACUGCCUAGCGUGUGCCUUAUUUGAAACGUUGUGGGUGAAUCCGUACGUUGGCCUGGUUUCAGGGAUUUAUUUAGGGUUCGUCACCCGCUUUUCAACCCUUUGCCCCCCACUUUGUGUUGAGGUCUGUGUGUUUAUAAAUACACACUCUCUCAGGCUCACAAAUUUAGUCACUUGUGACAUGAACAAAGGAGUUAUUAUUUGCCCAAAAAUAUCAAAAAAUUAAACACAAACAAAAAAUAUCUCAAAAUGAACAGCAAACAGCAGAAAGAGCGACGACAUCAUCUGUGACUCAUAUAAAGCGUAUACAUCGUGCAUAUGCCUCGCGGUCCAGUCAUGUCAAGCAGGCGCACCUCAACUUAAACUUGAGUUUUGAUGUAUAUAAAUAUAAGCGUACGUUCAGUUCAAUAGACCCAUGCAGCGGUUAAUUAGGGAAGUUACCCAACAAUGCCAACGUCUUAUUGGCUAGUUCAAAGCAGGAUUCUCUGUGCCAUGAUGUGCCCCCCCCCCCCCCCCCCCUUUCCUCAACCACCUCUUCUUCAUAGGUGCUAGGCUGUGAAUACAGUGGUGUUCGUUCCCCUUCGACACAGAAACACUCGAGAUCCGAUGUCAGACGGGCCGCACAGAAAUGCAUUCUUCACCCGUAUUGUUUUGUCAUCCUGCUUCUAAAGAGACGCAUACGAAAUGGCUCCGGAAUCGAUGUUGAAAUUGUUUUUCUUCUCCCGAGUCGUCGGCGUGUGAUAAUGAUCAAGGACAUUCUAGGCAGUGCCAGUCACUAAGAAAUGAAAUUCAUUUUCGUUGUGGUUUUGCCGGUUUUCCAUUUGAUUUUUUUUUUUCUCUUCCCGCGUACAUCAGUAAAAAAAAAACAAAAAAAACGCCUGAGAGAUUUCGUCUCCGGAGGGGCAACACAAUAUUUGUCAUCUUGUCUGCAGUCAAGUCAAACGCAUUAACUGAAGUUAUAAAAUAACAAUCCUGGCAUUGCCAUGUUUGUUUUGUUUGUUCGAACGAGAACCCGUUCAGCAGACGUGGGCUUCAGUCACAAACCGGUCUCCCUGCAACGUCGGCGACCGCUGUGAGACAACCCCGCCGUCUACCGCUAUCUCUCCGUCACCUCCACUCACCACGGCCUUCUCCUCCGCUUCCACCGCGCGGUCCGAUAAGAAAGCGCAAACAGACUGGCAUCCACGGCCUGGCACUCGGGACUACUGCAGAGAGAAACCAGAGCUACCUCAGCCUAAUUUAUUUUGAACACAACAACCACAUCAACACAUGUGAGUUUACUGGGUAUAGUAUGCAGUACUUUGUUGUUUUUUUUGUUUUUGUUUUUUUUCUUCUGAAAACUGUCUCAGCACAUACCAGCGAAGGUACAACAUGAUCUGUUCCACGUCUGUCGCAGUUAUCCCAGGUGUAUUUCAUUCUAUUUGUUGUGGGGGGGCUUUUAUUUUGUUUCCGUAGGUUCGUCUGUUUACAAUUGAGCCCGAAGGAAUCGUUGCUUAUGUUAAGGAAACUUCUUCAACUGUAUGAUUUUAAACUUUUGAGUUGACAAAGCAGAAAUCUUUCUUUUUUUUUCAGUCGUAGGCUUAUUGCCUUGUAUUAUCUCGAUGGAAUUUUGUUUUUCUUCAAAUUAUACGUUUUUGCAGGUUCUCAUCUCACUUGGAUCUAUUAUUUGUUUCCUUUUAUUUAUUAAUGAUAUUAAACAUGUUUUUUCACUUCAUUUUCAGUAUAACGUCUUUUUUUUGUACAUUUGAUGUGUAACAAAUGAAAGUUGUGUAGCGUUUGUGUAGCAGGUUUUUUGGGACUGCAUGUGAGGGGAAUUUAGGGUUACAGUUCUCUCAGGUUCAACACAUGCAACACUUGCUCUUUAAAGUUUCUAUUUAUUUUCAAUGUGAUUUGGGGUUAGGUGGUCAACAUACUGGUAAAAACUUAAUCGCAGAACAGAAUUUCACAAUAAAUAUGGCAUUUCAGUCUGUCUACAGACCACAAGAUGGGUGUAUUCAAACUGGUACUUUCGUCCCCUAUGUUUCGUUACUUUUGUGUCCUUUUGCCAAGAGGGUAAUACAUUUGAUUAAAAAUGCAUUUCAGAGUAAAAUAAAUUGAUAGUGAAAUGUCACACAUUUAAUGUUGAUAAAUUUAAGGACUAACAACCAAUUUUUGUCUGGUAGUUGAGACUACUUAAUCCAAUAAUGGCGUUCAUUUUUUUCUUACAUGUUUUCCACACCUUUUUGAGACGUUUUGUCAAUAGCUUUUGUAGCAUUUUAAGAUUUGUUUUGGAAAAUAAACACAAACCCAUUCUUAUGUAUGUGUUACAUUUAGUGUAAAUUAAAAUUUAAAAUGUAACACUUACUGUACUUCUGAAAUAAACUGCUGUGAUAUACUUAAAUAAAGGUUAAAAUUGUAA